AUGGAUUUUCGAGAAAUCCGGACUCCUCUGCCGCGCAAACGAGCUCUUACUCUCCCAUUGCCCGAGAAACCGACUUGGAUCAAAUGGCGCAAACAAAAAACCAAGGAGCAAACGCAAUGUCUGCUUAUGAAGCUCCCUUUGGAACUCAGGGAGGAAAUAUACCGCCAGGUUCUUGGGAACAAAGUUGUCCGGAUCUGGAGAACCUUUGAUGAGUUGGGGCAUACUUCAUGCCCGACGCAAGUGGUGAAGAAACGUCGUGGCUGGCUUAAUGGCCGACUUCUACCCGAUGGUCCCCGGAAAAAGCCUCGCCCUAUUAACCGUGCAAAUGGAAAUCUUGCCCUACUUUUGACAUGUCGGGAAAUUUAUUCGGAGGCUAUUAACACUCUCUAUACUCAAAACACCAUCCAGCUUUUGGACUUUGACAAGCAAGCAUUUGAGAUACCAGCACUACUCCGACGAGUUUUGCUACCUCAGCGUUUCUUUGCUAUAAGGUCAUUGGAGAUCCCGAUCAACCUCUCCCAUUGGCGGCAUUACAUCAGCUACUGCCCGAAGGGCUGGAUAGACUGCGAACGGUGGAAAGGUCCACUUCCCGAGUCUACAUGGGAUGUCAUCGCCACAAUGAAGGGACUGCGCAGACUCCGAGUCCGAAUACGGUUUUAUUUGAGGGAAUGGUACUUUGCGUACGGAGACUAUAACGCACCACCGACUGAAGAGAUUCUCCUAGGGCCGCUGAUGGAACUGAACUGGAUUCCGGAUUUCCAGGUGGAGGUUUCAUGGCCGGCUGAUGACAACUCGGAAAGAACAUUACGAAAUGCGCCUUUUCGGCUGACCAGGGUGUGUGAGGACGAUGAGGCUUAA